CUGAAACCCAUUUCAAUGGCGUCGAUUGUGAGCACUGCGGGGUUUAUUUCGUGCGGUGGUUUGAACCGGAGCAGCGGGAGAUCGACCACCACGUUCGGGACCCAGUUGGCCUACCCUUUAUCCUCUUCUUUCGGCGGUGGUUGUAGCAGGAGGCUGAAGCCGGCGGUGGUGGUUGUGAGAGCGGAGGCUCAGCCUAUAAACCCCGAAAUUAGGAAGGCCGAGGAGAAGGUUGUGGACACUGUUUUGGUCCCUGAGCUCUCUAAGCCCCUCACUGCUUAUUGCAGGUGUUGGAGGUCAGGGACUUUCCCGCUGUGCGAUGGAAGUCAUGUAAAGCACAAUAAAGCUACCGGUGAUAAUGUUGGACCGUUGCUCGUCAAGAAGCAGUGAGUUGCAGUUCGAUGCUAGACGAGGUAUGUCAGUAUUUCAAAUGGGUUUUGAAAUGUGAGAUUAUAUCAUGUGGAAGUUGAAUGAAUAUGUUUAGUGUAUCAUUUGAAAUCUGAAUAAUAUGUGAUGUGAACAUGUUAGUUGAGCCGUUUAAUCGUUUCACGUUUCAAAUAGUAAGAGCAGUUUCACUC